UUAGUUUAUUAAAAACAAACAAAUUGUCUGUGGUAAAUAGACUAUGGCUACCGUUUUGUUAAUUUAUUGUUUCUAUUGUGUAUUUAACAUAAAUAAACCGAUAAUUCACUGUUUACAAAUAACCGAAGGCAUAAAUAAACAAUAUAUUAAUGCAGGAAACACAGAUAUAUCUUGAGAAACUCGUAAAUUGCUUAUAACGAAGAUGAAUAUUAACGUCAAUGUGUACGAAGUGCCUGUUGUGAAUGCAGUUAUUAUGCACCAACAGCCUCCACAGGAGCAACAGAAUCAUGUUCCGCAGCCUGUGAACCCCCCAGAGCCGCCGCCUAUACACUCCGAGCGAAAGCCAAAGCUUGAAAAGAAAAAAAAAGAGGCAAUAGAGGGACAGGCAAGGGAGAUUAUUUUUAAGGUAAUUAAGUUCUUUGAAAGCGAAAAACAGAAUAGAGGCUACGCUUUUCCAGUAGAAAAUGUUGUAAAGAGAGCGUGUGCAGCCACAGGCCUGUCAGAAAGCACGAUAAAACGGAUAAAGAGGGACGGGUUACGCGCCGAAGCUACGCAAACGAAAAUCGCGGGACCGAAGAAAAAACGCGUAAGAAAAACAAAAGUACAGUUAGAUUACUUCCAAUUAUGUGCUCUAAGAGGCAUAGUGAACAGUUAUUCAGUCAGAAAAGAGGUCCCAACGCUGGGCAAGAUUUUAACGGCGGCAAAACACGAAUUGAACUACAGAGGUGGCAAAGAGUCUCUAAGACUCAUUUUAUUAAAUAAACUUGGUAUUAAAUUUAAGAAGUGUGAGAAAAAGAAUAAGAAACCGCCUGAACAGCCUCCGCCGCCGCCACAGCCUCAGAUACAGAAUAUAAUGCCUCAUCCUCAAAUGCAACCAGUGAUGAAGCCGGUUGAAAACCAGUGUGUCUAUACCAAUAUGAUGCAGCAUGUACCACCCGUCUCAUACUAGUAAAUAGGACUACAAAUCAAAGAUAAAACAAUUUAUUUUUAUUGAAAUAUUAUUUGUGGAUAAGACUCUUUGGACAGUUUUUUUUAAUUGCAAUGGUGCUGGCACCAUUGGGCGAAAUGGUAAAUGAAGUUCGAAUAUCAGUUAAAAUUUAAUGACCUAAACUUAAAGAUCAUAUUAUUAUUUGAGUUAGUCAAAGCAACAGUGAGAUUGAAAAAAACCAAUGAUGAUAAAUUUUCUAAAUAUAUACUAAUAAUCUACAAUACUGAAAAAAAUCCAUCAAAAAGUUUUAACUCACAAGUAACAUUUCAAUAAAAACCAUGUAUAAAGUAAACAUAGUAAAAAAGUGUCUUUCAGCGAGAUGCAGACAUGUUAGUUCCUAGCAGAAAAUAGAUUAUAAAGUAUUAAAUGAAAUAGAAAAAGCCUUAAUUUUCAUGCUGGUCAAAUAUUAAUAAAAAAUAACUUUGUAGGUACUAACAAAAUCAAAUAACAUUAUUAUUGUCAUAGACCAAAAAUAAACAUGAAAAGAAAUACAAUAUUACUUUAAUUGUUUAGGACAAUAAGAACAGUUUAGUCAUGUGUAUUGAUCAUGAUGCUAUAUUGACUAUAUACUUGAUUGAGUCUUUCAAAAUUAGUCUAACACCAUUUUGGAUAGCUGUUAAAAAUACAUUUUGAAUGGAAGCAGGUCAUGCAAUCUAUUAUAUUUCUACAUAACUAAUAUAUCGACUUUAAUUUGGCCAGCAUGUCAAUAAACAUAUUAUAAAGAAAACAUGUCUAUAGAAUUCAAUUUUAAAAUCUCUAUGAUGAUUUAUUUAUGUACUAAAAGGGACUCUAUUUAUUAUGUCACAUUUUUGUUUAUUUAUGUCUCCCAAAAUGAACUUGAAAGUAUUUAUUUAACAAGCAUGUAACAACUGUUUUUAACAGAAAAGAUUAUAAUAUGGCAGCCAGUUUUAAACAGGAAUAUAUUCAAGCCCAAAUUUAUGCAAGUAGCUGCCAUAACGAAAAAAAAAAACAGCGAAUGGCGCCCAAAAUUUCAAAAAUGUAUGAUUUAAAAAGUGUAGUAAAAAGAAAUGGAAUUCGGUUGUAAUUUAUGGUGAUUUUAUUGUUAUUAAACUGCAUAUAUUUAGUUUUACGAUUUUACAAUUUGGACAACCAAUACUAACUCUGGGGUAUUGUAUUACACGGCACCAUAGAUUCUGGAGGUCAGAUAGGCAGUCGCUCUGUAACCUACAGUGUUUAAUAAAAUUCAUAAACUUACGACAUUAUUUAAACAAUAAUUUUGCGAUUCGUUUACUUAUAUUGGGCAAUUAAUAUCAAUGCAAUGAACACCGAACUUAUACUUGCUACAGCAAAGGUGGUUCCGCCAGGGAGCAUGACGUAAAAAUUGUAAAUGCAUAUGCAGUUUAUUAACAAAUCAAAUUGUUAAUAUUAUGUACAGUAUAUUAGUUCAUUAUAUUAAUGAUCAUUAUUUCUAGAUUUAAGUCAACUGUAUAAUAAAUAAGGCUGAGUAUUACACUAUGUAUUUUUAAUCGAAUAAAACAAGAAUUAAGUUUUGAA